AUGGAUAAAGUGACUUUUGAAGAAGACGAUAUGGACAACAUCCAGGAUCCUCAUCAUGAUGGUUUGGUUGUAACUUUAUAUGUGGCUAACCAUUUUGUGCGCAGGAUCUUGAUUGAUAAUGGUCGUUCAGUUAAUAUCAUAAUAUUAGAAACAUUAAAAAGGUUGGGGAUCUCUGAAGAAGAAAUUGGCAGGAAAUCCACAGUUGUCGUUGGUUUCAGUGGAGAAACGAAAAAUACUUAUGGCGAAAUUAAAUUACCAGUUUACGUCGAAGGUGUAAAUUCACUGCAAAAAUUUUGUGUCAUUGACUCUUUACCUGGUUGUAAUAUGAUUCUAGGUAGGCCUUGGAUACAUGAAAUGAAAGCUGUUCCUUUAACCUACCAUCAAUGUGUGAAGAUCCCAAAGGAGACUAGCAGGAUCCUAAAGCUAUAUGGCAUCAAUGAAAUCUACAACCAAGCCUACUGA